GGCCUGCGGGCGGAGGCUGGAAAGGCCGCGAAGCCCUGCGGGGUCGAGGUACGGAGUUUGCGGGUCCGAGGCCCGGCCGGAGGUAAGAGGAGCCUCCCCGCCCGCCUGCGCGGCGGGAGGAUCACGCACCCAGAGUUCAUCUGCUCAACAUCCGCCAGGAUUGGGAAACGGAGCACUUGGACGUUCCCGGGGUCUCGCACCUAGAAAGUGCAGCCGCAGAAGUGAUCGUAACCCCAAUUUCCUGCCUCUGCUCCUCCCUAUCAAGUCUGCAGAUCUUCGGAGCGUCUGAAAGUCUAGCCUCGGACAAGCGCACAGUCGCGCUCAAUAAAUGCUCCCUUGUGAGUGAGCACGAGAAAUCGGCGGCCGAUAGAGAGGAGACUCGUGUUGAUCCUUAAGUUGGGAACACCUGAGGGCGUGAGCCCUUGUUAAAUGAACCCUUAUUGUUUAUUCUGACGCGCCAGCGUUUGUCUUCAUUUUACGGAUGAAGAAUCAGAAGCUCAGAGACGUGGAGUGACCGCCCUAAGGCCGCAUAGCGCCCCGGUGGCUAAGACUGUAUUGCAGACCUGGAGUGUCGGCUCCAAGUCAGUGCCAAGUGCAGUUACAGAAAACUGCAGGAGGGAAGAGCCUGUCAACAGCAGGCCACUGGAGGUGCCAGCUGUUUGGAACUGAAGCACUGCAGAAGGGGAAGCAUCGGGUGAGGGCUGGGCCCCUUGGGGGCUGAUGGCUGGAGGCCUGCUGAAUGUGUACUGGGUCCUGACUUUGCUCUGUGUGCUGCGAAUGGUGGAGACAGUGUCCGGGGCCAGGGCCCCAUCUGCAGGGGCCUGCGUUAGCUCCCAGUUUCCAGCCUCAGGUGUGAGCCAGACCGGCGUGGUAGACUGUCGAGAAGUGUGUGGCCGGAACGCCUCUGACCGCUGCGCCUUCGUCCGCACCAACCCUGACUGCCGCAGUGACGGGGGCUACUUAGACUACCUCGAGGGCAUCUUCUGCCACUUCCCAGCCCGCCUCCUCCCUCUGGCCAUCACCCUCUACGCUUUCUGGCUGCUUUAUCUGUUUCUGAUUCUGGGAGUCACCGCGGCGAAGUUCUUCUGCCCUAACCUGUCGGCCAUUUCCACCACACUGAAGCUUUCGCACAACGUGGCAGGUGUCACCUUCCUGGCGUUUGGGAACGGGGCCCCGGAUAUCUUCAGCGCCCUGGUGGCCUUCUCGGACCCGCGCACAGCCGGCCUGGCCUUCGGGGCCCUGUUUGGCGCGGGCGUGCUGGUCACCACCGUGGUGGCCGGCGGGAUCGCCAUCCUGCGUCCCUUCACAGCGGCCUCCAGGCCCUUCCUCAGAGACAUCGUCUUCUACAUGGCGGCCGUGCUCCUGAUCUUCACCGCGCUCUACCGCGGCAGGGUCACGCUGGCGUGGGCCCUGGGCUACCUGGGCUUCUACAUGUUCUAUGUGGUCACCGUGGUUCUCUGCACCUGGAUCUACCAGUGGCAGCGGAGGAGAUCCUUGGUCUGCUCCAUGCCAGGCACUCCAGAGAUGCUGUCAGAUUCCGAGGAGGAACGGGUGUCUUCUAACACCAACAGCUAUGACUAUGGUGAGGAGUACCGGCCACUGCUCCUGUACCCGGAGACCACGGCCCAGAUCCUGGUGCAGGCCCUCAACCCCCUGGAUUACAGGAAGUGGAGGACCAAGCCCGUGUACUGGAGGGUCCUCAAGGUGUUCAAGCUGCCCGUGGAGUUCCUGCUGCUCCUCACCGUCCCCGUCAUGGACCCCGACAAGGAGGACAGGAACUGGAAGCGGCCCCUCAACUGCCUGCACCUGGUCAUCAGCCCCCUGUUCCUGACCCUGACCCUGCAGUCGGGGGCCUAUGGCGUCUAUGAGAUAGGUGGCCUCUUUCCCGUCUGGGCUGUGGUGGUGAUUGCGGGCACGGCCUUGGCUGCAGUGACCUUUUUUGCCACGUCCAACAGCGAGCCCCCCAGGUUUCACUGGCUCUUUGCUUUCCUGGGCUUCCUGACCAGUGCCCUGUGGAUCAACGCAGCUGCCACAGAGGUGGUGAACAUCCUCCGGUCCCUGGGCGUGGUCUUCCGGCUGAGCAACACCGUCCUGGGGCUCACGCUGCUGGCCUGGGGGAACAGCAUUGGAGAUGUCUUCUCAGAUUUCACGCUGGCCCGCCAGGGCUACCCGAGGAUGGCAUUCUCGGCCUGCUUCGGUGGCAUCAUCUUCAAUAUGCUGGUGGGAGUGGGGCUGGGCUGCCUGCUCCACAUCUCCAGGGGCCACAUGGAGGUGAAGCUGGAGCCGGACGGACUGUUGGUGUGGGUCUUGGCCGGCACCCUGGGCCUCAGCCUCGUCUGUUCCUUGGUCUUGGUCCCGCUGCGGUGCUUCCAGCUGAGCCGACUUUACGGCUGCUGCCUGCUCCUCCUCUACCUGACCUUCCUCCUGGUGGCCUUGCUCACUGAAUUUGGAGUGAUUCACUUGAAAACUGUGUGAGUGAAGCUGCGUCAGGGUCCGCCUGGUGGUCGGGAGGUGUCACUGCAGGCCGUGAGACGGAGGAUGAAGUGCCUUCUGCAGAACCCCGCGUGCGCGGCCCUGACUGUGAAUGGUGGGGUGGGCUCAUGGGGGCCACACACUCUGCCAAGAUUCCAGGUCACUGCAAUGUGCAGUGAGGACAGUCAAACCUCAUUUCUGGGACUGUGGCGAUGGGGCUUCCCUGUGGACAGAGUCCCAGGCAGCAGGUGGAAGACUUCCUUGCAUUACCUCCAGAGCCUCUUUUGAAGGUUGGGGUCUGGGUGGAAGGGGAAGCCUGGGUGCCUUCCAGGCUGGUUUGGGAAGACCCCAAAGAGUUCAGGGCUGGAGGCGGUUAGUCACCCCUUGCUGCCUUCCUGCAAUGUGUCUCAGGGCUCAGAGGGCUGCCAAACCAGGGUUUAGGGAAUCAGGGUGACUCGGACCUGGCAGAUAGCCCAUGUCGGGUCAGCACAGAAAGUGUUCUGAGUUUUGGAGCUGCACCGUCCAGCAGAAAUAGGAGACAUGACCCUAAUUGUGAAUUUCUGAGUCGCCAUGCUAAUAAAGCCAAAAGAAAAAGGUGAAAUUAAUCACAAUACAUAUUGCUCCACAAUGGCAGCCGGUGGCAAUGGCCCAUCAGCGGCUCCGUAUUGGAUGGUGCAGCUCCAGGCUCUGCCUCUAGAACUGUCUGCCGGCUUCAGAGGUUUCCCUAUCUGCGAAACAGGAGUCAGUUUGACAGCGCCCUGUGCCUACCUCAGGGGGAGCCCUGGGCUGGGGUUCCCCUGCCUGCAAGCUCUGGGAGGGUGGUGAGCACUCCCGGGUGCCUUCCUGCUGGCAGCCAGUGACCCCUUUUUUAAUAAGCCACUUUUCUGUUUGCUCGAUGCCUUAGGCCAGCAGUAAAGGGAUUCAACUGUCUUUUCUUCCAAUGAACAUAAUUAUUAAAUAUUUCAAGGAUACAGACAAUAACGUA